AUGCCCGGUCUCCUCUCCACACUUCGAGGUGGCUUCACUACACCUCUACUCCGCAUCUUAGGUUUUACGAUCUUGGGUCCUGCAGCCGGUACGUAAUCUAUAUCUUUAAUGCCAUCUUUUUUCUCUCGUCCCAUUACCUUGGAGUUCCCCUAAAGACAGUCAACUGACGUAAAUCCCCGAUAGUUUCGCUCGCCGCACUCGCUCAGUCCAUCAUCGGAAGUGUAUCUGCUGCUAGCAUAUUUUCGAUAUUGCAGAGUGCGGGUAUGGAUGGCGCCAGGUUGGUUGCGCUUAAUGGAAUCGCUGUUGGUAUUGCUGCUUUGAUUCUGUUGAUUGUGGUAGUAUGUUUGGUUAUAGUGCAGCGAAUGGAAAGGGAGAGGAGAAAGAAGGAUGAGAAGGAGAGUGAGAAGAAAAUGAAUAAGGCGUUUUGA